AUGUGUGCAAAUACAAAAAUUCAUACAAAGAGUGAAAAAUUAUCUGAACACAAGGUCGAUCUUUUAAAAGAUGGAGAAAGUAUUAAGGAGUUGGAAAAUCUACGAAAAGUGGACUUGAAAGAGAUUUUAUGCUUGAAGCAUGUGGAUCAGAAAUGUGUAACAUACUGUCUAAGUUGCGAUAAAUCUUUGUGUUCCUCUUGCUUAAUCCGACCAUUUCAGUAUGAGGAACUUAACAAAGUGUACGAAGAAAAAUAUUUUCUACUGAAAGGUUUAAAAAGUAAAAUUGACGAAUGUUAUCCUUUCUUUGAGGAGAAAGCGGCUGAUUUUCGGAAAAGGGAUGAUGAUGAGGUUGAAAAACAAAACGAAAUUAAAGAGAAAAUUUUCAAUAGGAAAAAUGGAGUAAAGGAAGCAGUAACAAAGGAAGCGUUAGCCUUAGUAGAAGUUAUGAAAGGUAUAUGGGAUACCGACAAUAAUCCAGUAAAAACAGAAUGUGAACGACUUUGUCAAAUAGAACAAGAUUUAAAGGACCGAAAACAUGUACUUGACGAAGUCACACAAACUCAAGAGCCAACUUUAGUUUUCUCAACUGCAGAAAACAUCAGUAGAGCUAUACCAGAGGAAUCAGUUUUGGAAGUAAAACCUCCAGAACUGUAUUAUAUUGAGCCAAUAGAUGUUAAUAUGGAAAAGGUAUUGGGAUCAAUAAUCAAUAAACCUAAAGUUGUUUUGAUUAAGACGUUUGAAGUUAAUUUUCCCGAGAUUAGUGGUUUAGUGUCUCUAAAUGAUGACAUAUGUGUUAUGUAUAAUGAAAGUUCUCGUAAAAUAAGUAUUUCACCAUAUCUGAUUUAA